UGUUCCCGGUGCAGCUUGCGGCGUGACUUUGAGCGCUUGACGCCAAAGAGCCGGCUGCAGAGCGGACCUGGGGCCGCGGGACCUCCGAGCCUGUGCCGAGUUAUCAUGAGGCUGCUGGGGGUCGCUGCCGCUGCAGCGGCUCGGGGCCGCGGGCCGCUGGCUGGGGUCCCUUCCUUCUGGGGCUGGCCGGGGAGGCAGAUUAAAUGGAAGGCCUGCAGAUGGUGUUCAUCAGGGGUGAUUCCUAAUGAAAAAAUACGAAAUAUUGGAAUUUCAGCACAUAUUGAUUCGGGGAAAACUACAUUAACGGAACGCGUGCUUUACUACACUGGCAGAAUUGCAAAAAUGCAUGAGGUGAAAGGUAAAGAUGGAGUUGGUGCUGUUAUGGAUUCCAUGGAACUAGAGAGACAAAGAGGAAUCACUAUUCAGUCAGCUGCUACUUAUACCAUGUGGAAAGAUGUCAAUAUCAACAUUAUAGAUACUCCUGGACAUGUGGACUUCACGAUAGAAGUUGAAAGGGCCCUCCGAGUGUUGGAUGGAGCAGUCCUUGUUCUCUGCGCCGUUGGAGGGGUGCAGUGCCAGACCAUGACUGUUAAUCGGCAGAUGAAGCGCUAUGACGUUCCAUUUCUAACUUUCAUUAAUAAACUGGACCGAAUGGGCUCUAACCCAGCCAGGGCCCUACAGCAAAUGAGGUCUAAACUUAGUCAUAAUGCAGCAUUUGUGCAGCUACCCAUUGGUUUGGAGGGUGCAUUUAAGGGUGUUAUAGAUCUUAUUGAGGAACGAGCCAUUUAUUUUGAUGGAGACUUUGGUCAAACUGUUCGAUAUGGGGAAAUUCCUGCAGAAUUCAGGGCAGCAGCAGCUGACCACCGGAAGGAGCUGAUAGAAUGUGUUGCCAAUUCCGAUGAACAACUUGGUGAAAUGUUCCUUGAAGAAAAAAUCCCUUCAGUUUCUGAAUUAAAGCUUGCAAUUCGAAGAGCUACUUUAAAUAGAUCAUUUACUCCUGUCCUUUUGGGAAGUGCCUUGAAGAACAAAGGAGUUCAGCCUCUUUUAGAUGCUGUUUUAGAGUACCUCCCAAAUCCAUCAGAGGUCCACAAUUACGCUAUUCUCAAUCAAGAGGAUAACUCAAAAGAGAAAACCAAAAUCUUAAUGAACUCGAAAAGAGACAGUUCCCACCCAUUUGUAGGCCUGGCUUUUAAACUGGAGGCAGGUCGAUUUGGACAGUUAACUUAUGUCCGCAACUAUCAAGGAGAGUUGAAGAAGGGUGACACUAUCUAUAAUACAAGGACAGGAAAGAAGGUGCGGGUACAGCGGCUGGUUCGCAUGCAUGCUGACAUGAUGGAGGAUGUUGAACAAGUGUUUGCGGGAGACAUCUGUGCAUUGUUUGGCAUUGACUGUGCUAGUGGAGACACAUUCACAAACAAAGACAGUAGUGGCCUAUCUAUGGAGUCAAUUCAUGUUCCUGAUCCUGUCAUUUCAAUAGCAAUGAAGCCUUCUAACAAGAAUGACCUGGAAAAAUUUUCAAAAGGUAUUGGCAGGUUUACAAGAGAAGACCCUACAUUUAAAGUCCACUUUGACACUGAGAGCAAAGAGACAAUUGUAUCUGGAAUGGGAGAGUUACACUUGGAAAUCUAUGCUCAGAGGCUGGAAAGAGAAUAUGGCUGCCCUUGUAUCACAGGAAAGCCAAAAGUUGCUUUCAGAGAGACCAUUACUGCCCCUGUCCCGUUCGAUUUUACACAUAAAAAACAAUCAGGUGGUGCAGGCCAGUUUGGAAAAGUGAUAGGUGUACUGGAGCCGUUGGACCCAGAGAAUUACACUAAGUUGGAGUUUUCAGAUGAAACAUUUGGAUCAAAUGUUCCAAAGCAGUUUGUGCCUGCUGUAGAAAAGGGGUUUUUGGAUGCCUGUGAGAAGGGCCCUCUCUCUGGUCACAAACUCUCUGGAGUUCGGUUUAUCCUACAAGAUGGAGCGCAUCACAUGGUUGAUUCCAAUGAAAUCUCUUUCAUCCGAGCAGGAGAAGGUGCUCUUAAACAAGCCUUGGCAGAUGCAACAUUAUGUGUUCUUGAACCUAUUAUGUCUGUGGAAGUUAUAGCCCCAAAUGAAUUUCAAGGAGCAGUGAUUGCGGGAAUUAAUCGGCGCCAUGGGGUAAUCACGGGACAAGAUGGAAUUGAGGACUAUUUCACAUUGUAUGCAGAUGUCCCGCUAAAUGAUAUGUUUGGCUAUUCCACUGAACUAAGAUCAUGCACAGAGGGAAAGGGAGAAUACACAAUGGAGUAUUGCAGAUAUCAGCCAUGUUCACCAUCCACACAAGAAGACCUCAUUAAUAAAUACUUGGAAUCUACGGGUCAACUUCCGGUAAAAAAGGGAAAAGCCAAGAACUAAUUUUCCUCACUUUAAGUUAACCGACUUAAACUGAAUCUGCAAGGUUUAGAUCCUUUAAUAGAUUCCAGUGGAAUGAAUUCAGACUGAAAUGAGAAAAUUUAGAAGCUCUUCCUGUUAUUUUGAGGAGCUUUUACUAUAUCUGGUGUAUGUCUCUCUCUCUCUCUCUAUAUAUAUAUAUAUAGAUAUAUAUAUAGAUAUAUAUAUAUAUCUCCAUUGAUUUGUUUUUAUAAUUCAAUGAAGAAUCUCAAAAUACUACUAAAAUAUAUUUAAUAUUUAAGGGGGAAAGAGACUAAUUUCAAUUAAACCUCUAAGUUUAAAACUUGUGUAAAAACUUCCAGAUUUACCAUAAGAAUUUUCAACAGAAGAGCUGAAAAAAAUACAAAGAACCACCAUAUAACUUCCACCUAGACUCCGUAGUGAACAAUUUUGUUGACAAUUUGUUAGAUAUUAAUUUUGUCUUAUUGUCCAUCUCUGUCUUGUAUUUGUAUAUUUUUAAUUUUUUAAAAAAUUAUUGUUUUGCUGAACAUUUGAGUGAAUUGCUUAUAUCCCAAAACUUCUUGGAGUGUUAUCUCUUAAUGGAAAGGCAUUUUUUUGUGAUUGGGUUACAUGUGAUUUUAAGAGUGGGUGUUUUUCAGAUUCUUCACUGUAAUAUAUUAAAAGGCUAACUAAAUUUCUGGCUUUUUAUAUAUAACUGAUUGCAUCAAAUUGUGGCUUCUGCAAACUUCUUGUUUCUUGCUCUUAGGAAUACUCCUGAGAGUAUAAAAUGUUACUUUCUUAUAGACCUAUGGAGUGAAAAAUGAACCAAUUGGGUAUGCUAUUCUUGUCUGUUCAUCUAAUGUUUCUGCAGCUUUGAGUAAUAAAAUAUUAUUUGCAGAAUGGCUGCCAAGUUGAUUUCAUUUUCCUAGUAAAUUCUGGUUCAAUUCAAGUCUGUUGGAAUUUAUCACAUGUUCAUUGAGAUUGUGAAAGAAAUGUUAAGCUUUGAUUUCUAUAAUAAGUUGGACUUUCCCAGGCAAUUCUACCAUAUUGUUCAGAAUUGCUUGAUCCAAAAAUCAUUACUUAAUGUGAUACGAACAGAUUAGGGAUCACAGAAAUUUAGUUUGUUAUUAUAAUGCUUUUGACACUGUUUUUGAUGAUUAGGAAAUUUCAAUUAGAAGAACUCAUUUGGUUUUGGAGUAACUUAAUGUAGUGGAUCUGUAUUUUAGCAGAAGUAUUACCUCAUAGGUGGAGUAUCUGAUGAGUUUCCUCUAAAUGGUUGUUUUUAGGUACUUAAGAAUACUUAAGCUCUCUAAAUCAAGUAAUGUGGGGAUGACGCAUGCAAAGGGCUAGGGUUCUAAAUAGAAACAUAAACUUGAUCUACUAAAAAAAGUUAAUAGUUUCAUCCAUCUUUUUAUUUUGUAAGAGUUCAUAUCUGUUAAAACAUUUACAAUCUGGUAUUUGUAAACUUAAAAAGUAAUAUUUGAGUAUACAUUGACUGAUUCUUCCAGACCAAGUACUUUAAUAACGAACCUGGCUAAAGGUUUUUAAACACAAAUAUAAGUGAUCCCAUUAAAUGAUGCUAAUUUUGAGAGGCAGUUGAUGACCAUAUUUACUAGGGCAAUUCUUAGGGAGGUACUUCUCUGAGUCUCAUGGUACAUAGUGUAUUUGCUUUUAUAAAUGCCUUCAAUCAAUACUGGGUCCGAGUGUUUGUCUUGGACCCAAAUGAAAUUUGUAAAUAUUUGAUACUCUCAAUUACAUGAUUGUUUCAUUUAAUACAUGUUUGUGGACAAGACUUUAGAUAA